AUGAAUGAUAUUAAAAUCGAAAAUUUUUUUGUACGUGAUGAUGAACAAUUUUUUCCGAAUAAUAAUCAACUACCCGUUAUUGUCUAUCGUCAAGUAUUUGAUACAAAAUCUGUAUCAGCAUCCAAAUGGGAACAAUUAUUUCAAGAGAAUAAUUUUGGUAAAUCAUGGAGAGAUGGAAUAUUUACUUAUCAUCAUUAUCAUUCAACUGCACAUGAAGCACUUGGCUGUUAUGGUGGCCAUGCACAAGUACGAUUAGGUGGAGAUAACGAACAAGUACGUAAAGAUAUUGAAUUAAAUGCUGGUGAUUGUAUUCUAAUUCCAACUGGUGUAGCACAUAAAAAUAUGGGACAAGAUUCAGAAUUUGGUGUUGUUGGCGCGUAUGAUUUAGAUGGAAAAAGUUAUGAUAUGAAUUAUGGAAAAGAUGCAGAAGAAAGACGUAAAGCAGAAGAAAAUAUGAAAAAGGUACAAGUGCCACGAAUGGAUCCAGUAGUUGGUAGAAAAAACGGUGGUGUAAUUGAGUUCUGGCAGAAAAAUACUCAUCAAAACGAAAUAUUAAUGACGACAGAUUCAACUAGUUUAAGUGAAAUACAAAAAACAAAUGUUAUUGAUCAACUUAAACGACGUGUAACAUUUAUUAAAUAUAAAUCAAAUGGUCAUACAUAUUCACGAAUCUAUUAUGUUAAUUUAUCUGAAGAUGCUAUUCAUUAUCAAGGUUCAAAACGUAAAUCUAAACAUGAAGCAUGUAAAAUAAAAGAUAUUGAUCAAAUACGUCGUGGUUUUACUACUGCGGUUUGGAAAAAAUAUAUAGAUAAAAGAAAAAUUACACGUGAUAAAGCACAUUUAGCUUUUUCGAUUCUUUAUGAUAAUAAUCGACAUUCGCUUGAUUUACUUGCUGAUUCGGAAAAUAUUUGUUUGCAAUGGAUUCAAGGUUUAGAAUAUUUAAUAGAACGUUAUCGUUCUCAUGUACGUACACAUCAUGAAAUAACGGAUCGAUGGUUAUGGUCGUUAUUUUCUCAAGCUGAUCGUGAUCAAUCAGGACAAUUAAAUCGUCGUGAAGUUCAUCAACUUUUAAGAUUAUUAAAUAUUGAAUUAGAUGAAAGAGAAAUUGAUCAAUAUUUUAAUCAAUCAAAUAUUCGUACAUCAAAUUAUGAAGAAUUAAGAAAUUUAGAUAAAGAUGAAUUUUUAUUAUUUUAUAAAUUUGUUUCACAUCGACCAGAAUUACUUAAAAUUAUUUGUCAAUAUAAUGGUAGUACUCCUGAACAAAUAGCAGAUACAUUAUUUAAAUAUUCCAUUCUAUCUAAAAUGCCACAUUCAAAUCCACUUGAAUAUCCUGUUGAUAUAGCUUCGAUAACUUGUUGGAAAAUGAAAACGAAAAAUAUUUCUCCACAACCAGAAAAACCAUUAACAAUUGCAUCAGAUAAUAAUUUUUCGUCGUCGUCAUCGAAUACGAAAGAUAAAAAAAAUUAUUUAACUAUUGAACAAUUUAAAAAUUUCUUACAGAAUGAAGAACAUAUGAAAGGAAUAACGAUUGAUGAUUGUUCAAAAUUAAUUGCAAGAUUUGAACCAUCAUCCGAAGGACAUAAAUACGAAGAAUUAGGCGUUGAUGGUCUUCGAUUAUUUUUACUUCAUGAUGAAUUUUGUCUUAUGAAUCCAGAUAAAUCUCGACGAGUUUAUCAUGAUAUGACACGACCAAUUACUGAUUACUUUAUUGCUACAUCACAUAACACUUAUAUUCGUGAUAGUCAAGUUUAUGGUAACUGCACACCGGAAACAUUCAUUCAUGCAUUAAGAACUGGUUGUCGAGCUGUUGAAAUGGAUUGUUAUGAUGGUGAUGACAUGGAACCAAUUGUUUAUCAUGCUAAAACAUUAACAAAACCAAUUACAUUAAGAGAAAUUCUUCUUGCUAUUCAAACACAAGCAUUUGCUGCUUCACCAUAUCCACUUUUUUUAAAUAUCGAAAAUCAUUGUUCAUAUGAACAACAAGGUGUUAUGGCACGUCUUUUAAAAAAUAUUUUUAAAGAUCAUCUCUUAACAGAACCAUUAAUGAACGAUUCUCAAGUCUUACCAUCACCAGAAGAUCUUAAAUAUAAAGUCAUUAUUCGAAGUCGACGAUAUCCCAAAGGAAAAAUUCCAGCUGAUCCAAAAUCUAGCCGAAGUAAUGAUGAAACUGAACCAAAUCCUAAAAAUUAUCAUCCUGAUUUUGCUAAAUUAAUUAUCUACGCUCAAAUUGUUUCAUAUACUAAUAUUAAUCAUACAAUGUCGACACAAAAAUGUUUUCAUUCAAUAUCAUUCAAAGAAUCGAAAGCAGAUGAUUUAAUUAAAGCUGAACCACCUGAACAUUUAGAUUUAAUUAAAUUAACAAAUAAACAUCUAGUACGUGUUUAUCCAGGGACGAUACGACAAAAUUCAAGUAAUAUAAAUCCAGUUACUUAUUGGACUUAUGGUGUACAAAUGGCUGCGCUAAAUUAUCAAGCAAAUGAUGAUUCAAUGUGUCUUCAAGAUGGAUUUUUUAGUGAUAAUGGAGGAUGUGGUUAUCUUCUUAAACCGCCUUGUUUAUUAUCGAAUAAUUUAUUAUUUGAUCCGAAAGAAAUAGUUCAUAAACGAGGAAAACGAUUAAUUAUUCAUAUAAUCAGUGGACAACAUUUAGCCAAAGAGAAAAAUUCCAAUGAUGAUUCAGAUAUUGUUGAUCCUUAUAUAGAAAUAAAUACAUAUGGUAUUGAAUGUGAUUAUACACAACAACAUACACCAUGUAUACGUAAUAAUGGUCUUAAUCCAAUAUGGGAUUGUAAAUUUCAUAUCGAUGUUUAUUGUCCAGAAUUAUGUUUGGUUAAAUUUGAAGUACGUGAUGAUGAUCAUUAUCAUCGUUCAGCAUUUGUUGGACAAGCCUGUUUUCCAUUUACAGCACUUCAAUUAGGUUAUAGACAUAUUAAAUUAAAAGCAAAAGAUGGUGAUUAUAUCCGUGGAACAUUAUUUGUUCAUAUUAAAAUUGAAAAUCUUUGA